AUGCUUCAGAGUCAUGCAUGGGUGCGGUUCUACAGCAAAGAGAAGGCAACUGGUGAACACCUAAGUGAUAUACAAAUAAAGGAGUUAGAGUGUCGUUUUCGUAAGAUCGAACAGUUAUAUGGUGAUUUCGAAAGCCUGCAGUCAGAAAUCGAAGCACUAACAGACCCUCCAGAGACGGCCUACCAAGAUCGUGAAGCCUUCGAUGGAAUAUACUUCAGGCUUGUAUCCGAAGCUCAAGUGAUGCUUAAUUCACACCUGAGCACUCAGCGUCGCCGCUCUUCUUAUGGUAGCGAUCUGAGUGUUCAAAAGAGCGACAGAUGCGAGCAUGAUUUUGUGAGGCUGCCCAAAAUAGACCUGCCUCACUUUGAUGGGGAUUAUCAGCACUGGCUCGAGUUCCGGGACACGUAUUUAUCCUUAAUACAUAACAAUAAAUCAAUCAGUGAUAUAAAUAAAUUUCAUUACCUACGUGCAGCUCUAAAAGGUACAGCUGCCUUAACAAUCCAAGCGUUAGACUUUUCAGCGGGCAACUACCAGCUGGGAUGGCAGUUGCUCACUGAAAGGUAUGACAAUGAACGACUCUUAGUGAACAAUCACAUACAAAAUCUAUUUAAUAUUGAACCUAUACAAAAGGAAUCAAGCCAUAUGCUACGGAACAUGGUUGAUAUUACAAACAAAAACCUACGAGCCCUUGCAACAUUAGGGCAACCUACUGAUCACUGGGAUACUUUGAUUAUAUUCAUUAUGACUAAGAAGUUAGAUUCUAUUACUAAUAGAGAGUGGGAAGAAUAUCGCAAUGGACUUGGGGGCAGCCCAGUCUUACAACAAUUUAUAAAAUUCAUUACUAGUAGGGCUGAUUUACUUGAAACAUUACAAGACAAAUACAAGCAUAAAGGUAUCAUUUCAACAUUUUCUGACACAAACAAAAAUAAGGCACAAGUUUCUUACACAGAUAACAACCAAAAAGCUUACAAGUGUCCUAUGUGUUCUCAACCUCAUUUCAUUUUUAGUUGUGAAAAUUUCAAAAAACUAGAUGUAGCUUCUCGAAUAAGAAAGGUAUCUGAACUUAAUUUGUGCCGAAAUUGUUUGAAGCCCGGCCAUGGGUUUCAGUUCUGUAAGCUUACCCACUGCAAAUACUGUCGAAUGAAACACAAUACAUUAUUACAUGACAGUACUAAAGAACCUACUGGAACCACAAUAGCGUUGUCCACAGGUGUAACCCCAACAUCACAUAUUCAAACAUUUACAUUAUUAUGUACAGCUGUGGUGCGAGUCCGAGAUGUCAAUAAUAAACUACAUACAGCACGGCUUCUACUUGAUAAUGGGAGCACAGCAAACUUUGUGACACAUAGUCUUAGCAGAAAACUUAAUCUAUUAGUAAAGCCUGUUAGCUCCACAGUCAACGGUAUCAAUAGUCAGUCUUCAUUAAUAUCAGAGUCUUGUGAGUUAGUGAUUGAAUCUUAUUAUGGUGGAUACAAAGAAACUAUUAGUUGUUACAUGGUUGCAGAAAUAACAAAAUAUUUACCUUCUUCUUACAUUGAUGUGUCGCACAUCCCUAUUCCUAAAAAUAUUCAAUUAGCUGAUCCGUCUUUCAAUGUACCAUCAGAAAUUGAUAUUUUAGUUGGAGCCGAGGUCUUCUGGAAUGUUCUUGGUCUAAGCGUCAUAGACUUAGGCAAACACCAGCCAAAGCUCCGUGAUUCAAAAUUAGGAUGGCUAUUAUCAGGCUGUCUUAGCAAUAACAAUGUACAUCAUAAAGAGGUAUCAAACAAUUUUUGUCACUUUGUUGGACAAAAUGAUGAAGCCUCUCUUACUCGCUUUUGGCAAUUAGAUUCAGUGUCAUCUCAACAUAGCAUGUCUCUAGAAGAAAGGGCUUGUGAAAAAAUUUUCAAAGACACCACUCGACGUGACAAAGAUGGUAGAUUCAUAGUUACAAUACCCUUAAAAGAAACACCAGAAGUGCUUGGAGAUUCUUAUAAUCUUGCUAAGGUUCGUUUUCUUUCUUUGGAGAGACGAUUAGACAGGGACUUGAAUCUUAAAAACUUAUACAUGCAAUUCAUCAAAGAAUACAUUGAUUUAGGUCACAUGACUCUUACAAAAAACAUAAAACAUACUUCUAACACACCAAACAUAUACUUUCCUCAUCAUGGGGUACUUCGAGAUUCUACUACUACAAAGCUCAGAGUAGUAUUUGAUGCUUCAGCGGCCACUUCUAACAAAAAAUCAUUCAAUUCAAUUCAAAUGGUUGGCCCGACUAUACAAGAUGACAUUUUUUCAAUUUUAAUUAGAUUCAGGUCACAUAAACUAGUUGUAUCUGCAGAUAUUGAAAAAAUGUACCGUACUAUAUACAUAGAACCAAAUCAAAGGUCACUUCAGCAAAUAAUCUAUAGAUUUCAUUCACAUGAACCGUUACAAACCUACACACUCAAUACAGUAACAUAUGGCACGGCAUCAGCCCCUUAUUUAGCUACAAAAUGUUUAGUUUCUCUUGCGGAUGAGUGUAAAAAUGUGAAAGUUCAGCAUGCAAUCAAACAUGAUUUUUAUGUUGAUGAUUUUUUGACUGGAAGUGACUCCAUAGAAUCUCUCAUUACUGUAUGCAAGGGUGUAAAAGACACUUUAUCCUCUGCAAAAAUGAAUUUGCGGAAAUGGCAAUCUAAUAGUCUUGAUGUCUUACAUGCAAUCACUGACAUAGAGAGUGAUUCAGAGAAAUGCCUUGAUUUGAAUAUGAGUGACAACUCACCUUCAAAAACAUUAGGUCUAUAUUGGGAUUCAACAUCAGACAACUUAAACUUCCUAAUUGAAAUCAAUACAAACAAAAAAUUAACAAAACGCAAUAUUAUUUCUAUUAUCAGCCAAAUUUUUGAUCCCCUAGGACUUGUAGGUCCUUGUGUAGUAAUGGCCAAACUUAUUAUACAAGCAUUAUGGAUUAGCAAGUGUGAUUGGGAUAGUGAAGCUCCUGAUGUCAUUAAGAAAGACUUUUUAGAUAUUGCAAAUUCCUUACAUUUCUUAAAUUCAAUUAAAAUUCCAAGAUUUGUGUCAUGUAGUAGCCCAACUCUUGUUGAGUUACACACAUUUUCAGAUGCAUCAGAACGAGCCUAUGGUGGAUGCAUCUAUGUUAGAACCAUAGAUCAUGAAGGAUUAGUGAAUGUUAGGCUCUUAACUUCAAAAAAUAAGGUUGCUCCAAUUAAACCUAAAUGUACAAUACCACGUUUAGAAUUAUCUGCCGCUUUACUUGCUACCAGACUCUGGAAAAAGGUAGUCAAUGCUCUUACAAUUAAUAUUCAUCAGCACUGGUUUUGGUCAGAUUCGACAAUAGUAUUAGGAUGGUUAUCUAGUUCCUCUUCACAAACAGUUCAGUUUGUCAGAAACAGGGUUGGUGAAAUUCAAGAGACUACUAACGGUCACAAGUGGAAUUAUGUACCUUCAAAGUCUAAUCCAGCAGAUCUUGUCUCUCGUGGGGUGAAGGCUGAUUCCAUCAGCACAGCCGCUCUAUGGUGGACGGGGCCAGAGUAUUUACAUGAGGCUAUCAUUAGAAUUCCGGAAAUACAUAAAGCCCUGGACAUUUCUACUUCUGACACAUCACUGCAUACAUUCAUACCAAAAAAGGCAGAAGACCAUACUAAUAAUAGGAUUCUUCAUAUUAUACAUAAACAUAGCAGUUUCAAUAAAAUAAUUAGAAUCUUAGCUUAUGUAAAAAGAUUCAUACAUAAUUGUAGAACUAAAACUCAACACAAUCAUCUUACACUCAAUGAAAUCAAUUCAUCUCGCAAAAUCGUAUUACAUCAUGCUCAAAGGGAAAUGUUCCUUGAAGAGUACAAUUUAUUAAAAAACAAUAAACAAUUGCCGAAACGUAGUAAACUAAAUUCAUUGUCACCUUUCUUAGAUUCUGACGAUCUCAUUAGAGUAGGUGGGCGCUUAAGGAACUCAUAUUAUUCAUAUGACGUCAAACAUCCAAUUGUGCUUUGCGCUAAACAUCACAUCACAAAAACUUUAUUUCUAUUACAUCACAAAGUUCUUAUGCAUGCAGGACCUCAGCUUCUUUUAAGUAAUAUUAGACAAAAUUACUGGACUAUUGACGGUAGGAAUCUAGCAAGAAAAACUGUACACGCUUGUGUUCGUUGCUUUCGCUUCAAGGCCACUUCAGUCCAACCAAUCAUGGGUGACUUACCCAAUGAGCGUACACAUUUAGUAUCGCCCUUUCUAACCACAGGUGUCGACUAUGCCGGGCCAGUGCUGAUACUAAACAGAAAGGGCAAAGGAAGCAGGCUCACAAAAUCAUAUAUCUGCGUAUUUAUUUGCUUCGCAGUAAAGGCAGUACACCUCGAGCUGGUAACCGAUCUUACAAAAGAGGCCUAUCUAGCUUGUCUGAAUCGAUUUAUAUCGAGGCGUGGAAAGCCGGAAACCAUUUACUCUGACAACGCGUCCACGUUCAUAGGUGCCUCAAAUGAGCUCGCGCAGUUCCUCAAAGGCAGCGUAGACUACGUGCAAGCACAACUAGCUGAACAAGGUAUUAACUUUAAAUAUAUUCCAGCGUAUAGUCCUCAUUUUGGCGGUAUCUGGGAAGCCGCUGUUAAAUCAGUUAAACACCAUUUGCGCAGAGUGCUUUCUUUGACUCACUUUGAUUAUGAAGAAAUGGCGACCUGCUUGGCGCAGAUAGAGGCAGUUUUAAAUUCGCGUCCCCUCACACCUCUAUCCACAGACCCCUCCGACCUUUCCUAUUUAUCUCCAUCUCACUUCCUCAUCGGACGACCACUGUUAGCAACAGCACAGGCAAACCUCUUAGACAAAGAAGUCAAUCGUCUCCAGCGAUAUCAACGAGUGGAGAAACUUCGUCAACACUUUUGGCAGAGAUAUUCGUUGGAAUACGUUUCGUUGCUUCAAACUAAAGGCAAAUGGAGGCAGUCAAUGGACAAACUGAAGAUCGGAGCCCUCGUCUUAGUAAAGGAUCGCACACAGCCACCUCUUCUUUGGCUCAUGGGUCGAGUCACAAACAUCAUUUACGGCGGCGACUCCAUCGGCAGGGUGGCUCAACUGAACACUAAGAAAGGCAUUAUCACGCGAGCCUUCAACAACAUAUGCCCGCUUCCCUUGGACGACAUCAGCCCGGGGGGGAGCAUGUUGUGA